AUGGCAUCGCUGAAGAAUGACAUUUGCCAGCCAUACGAGUACAACCACCAGCAGCAACAGCUGAACAGCCGCAACAGCGACAACAGCAACAGCUGCAGCAGCAACAGCAACAGCAACAACAUCAGUAGCAGCAGCAAGCCGCAGCCGUUGACCGGGAGCGGCCAUCUUCACCUGAGGUCGCCGUUGGGAAGUGUCAAAACAGCCCAGCUGCUAAAUCAACUUUGCAACGAGUCUCAAGACGACGAGUCCGUUAAUCGUGAUGCGUGCUACGGUUGUUUCUUUCGUGCCUCCAGUCACCAGUCCAGAUAUCCGCUCUUACUCUCGAUGGCUGAUUGUGCCGACAAUUACUUAAACAACACCGAGUACCGCCACUGUGCCCAAUAUCUUAAGAAUGCAACUUCAUCCGUUAGUGCUGGCUCCAAUCCAAGCUUAAUAUAUUGUUCAUUUCUUGAAUGCGUUCGACAAGUCAACAAAGACCAAUUGAGUGCUCUGGUACAGGCGCCGAGGGAUCGCCGCAAUGGGAAAAGAUGUGCACCUGUGGUGGUCAAUUAUAACAAUUUUAGAAAUAAUUCCAAUAUUUUCGCAAGAAAUACUUGGUCUGGUUAUUUAAAGCGAACAGUUUGUAUAAUUAAGGAAAUCAAUUUUGAAUCUUAUACUGCAAGACCUGGAGCAGAACCUGUUGAUCCAAGGAUUUUGAAAUAUUAUAGAAUACGCGAAUGCGUUUCCGAAGCAGCACAACUCAUGUCCAUGAGCAAUCCCGAUGGUACGAGUAUCCAACUGCCCGAACUUUUUGUGAAUACAACAGCUUGCAUCUUAGCAAAGACACGAUGUGAAAACCCUAAUCCAAUAAAUGGAGCUAUUAGCGAUGAUUACUGGAAAGAUAAAAAUUUAUUGAAUGCUUUGUUUGUUAACUCCGACUAUGAUAUUACUAUUUUACGUCUUCCUUUUGGCGGUUUUGUACCCGAUGAAUGUCAUAAAUACAGAAAUCUAGAAGUGGCCUCUUGGCCAACUACGAAAUGUUGAUUAACUCGAUCUGACUGUAAUAAAAUUUUUGACGAAUGUAACUAAACUCAUAAUAAAACAUCAA